AUGAUAAAUUGCGUCGCUAUCAUAACACAGAACGGUAGGAUUUUGAUAGUCAGGCGCUUCACACAUUCGAGCGACUCAAAUAUUGAGGGCCAUUUGGGCGCUUUUCCACAAUUAGUUAAGAACUCAGGACAUAACUACAUUGAUACAGAAACAUCAAGGCUUGUAUAUCAAGAAGUCGGUGAUUUAUAUGUAAUUAUAUCUGUUUCGAAAGAUACAAAUAUAAUUGAAGCGUUAGAUGCUGUUACAUUAUUUGUCGACGUUACAAGAUCAGUUGUUGGCGAAAUAGUUGAAGAUAAAAUUAUAGUUAACGCUAUUGAUCUCAUAUUCGCAUAUGAUGAAUGCGUUUUCGAUGGAUUUGUACGAAAUAUCAUUGUUUCUGAUGUUUCUCGCUUUCUCAAAAUGGAAUCAGCUACAGAAGCCGCCUAUCUCAAGGAACUCGAAGCUAAAGUUGCCCAACAAAGAGAAGCAAUCAAAGCACACGAAGCUUCAGUCAAAGGAAAACCUAUUCCUCAGAGUCAAACAUUUACUCGCCAAACGGAAUUCCAGCCGUCAUUCGCAUCUCAAAACGAGUUCGAACCUUCACCUUCAACUUAUUCUACUCCAAAAACUACAGGAAUGCAGCUCGGCAAAGGCAUGAGGACAUCAAAAGCACGUGCAAAAGCCGUUAUGGCGGAAGAAGGUCUUACAAUGCAAGAGGAAGCUGAGCCUGUUCAAAAACCAGUUGAAAAUACAGGAUUUCAAAUCCAGUUCGAAGAGAAAUUCAAUGCAACUGUCAGUCGCCAAGGCAUAGUUAGCGAAAUCUCAUGGGAUGGAAGACUUUACGCGAAUUCAAAUCAGAAAUGUAAAAGACAAAUUGCACUUCAAAUGCCAGAAACCAACAAAUUCCUACUUAGACCAAUGCAGCAAGCCGAUAAGAAAUUAUUUACAAACAGCAAAUGUCUUGUUUACGAUAAUAUUACAACUGGAUUUCAACCAGGCGUUAGAGGAGCUAUUUUUGGGUGGAAGAGAUCCUCCAAGUCUGCUGAUGAUCUUCCAAUAAAGGUAACAUGCUGGGUUACUCAAGCUUCCCCUUCAUCUACAUUUUCAGGCGAAAUUUCACUUAAAGCAACAGAUAAAGAGUUUUCCGACUUGACAAUAAAGAUACCAAUAGAAAACGCUGACAGAGCAAACGUCAGUUCCAUUGAUGGCGAAUACGAAAUUAUUGUUGAUAAAUCUGUUGGAAAAUCAUUCCUUUUGUGGAAAGUAAGUGAACUGAAUAUGGAUAAUGACCAUGCUGAAAUAGAAUUUUCGAUUCAAGUAGAUCUCGAAGAAGACAGGUUCUUCCCUAUUGUUGUUAACUUUAAUAUUUCAGAAAUAUUCUGCCCAUUGGAUGUCGUUGACGUUACUUCGCUUGAUGACGAAGAUAAUGGCGAACAAAUCAAAUAUACUGUUACUAAGAAUUGUACUGCAAAUAAGUUUGAAAUAGAAUAA